UGCAUUACCACAACCAAUGAUAGCCUACUCUCACUAUUAUUAUGUAUUAUUAGUUAGUAUUGUAUAGAGGAAUAGCAUUGAAAACUCUCUCUCUCUCUCUCACAGCACAUAUACAUACAGUCAGUCUAUUGCCAGACUCUCUCUCUCUCUCUCUCUCUCUUUCUUCAUGACAUAACUGUGUGCUAUAUUUAAUCGGUAACACAAAUACACAUGAUAAAGUGGAGGAUAAUUAAUACCUGACUGACUGACUGAUCAAUCAUAGAGAAAGAGUGUGUGUAUUGUAAUUAAAUUAAUUGACAAAUCGAUCGGUUGGUGACAACAUCUAUAUAUAUAUACACCCGAAAAAUGCCUGUCCUAUCGACCACAUACUACUCGGGCUAUCCAUCGUCCAACUCUUCACUGUCACGUAAUUCAUCUACCAGUUCGACAUUUGUAUCAUCAUUGCGGCCCUAUUCGGCCACAUCCCUGAGCCAUAAGAGCCGUUCAUCCUAUGACCUGACGGCCUACAGGCCGUCCAACUAUUUAAGCACUCACUCAUCAUCGUCUUCGUCGUCGUCCUCAUCGUCGUCGACGUCCAGCACAUCCUCUUCGUCAUCAUAUAAGUCGCCCUCGAGUUCACUAUUAUCUCAUAAUAAUACCUCAAACUAUUACACCAAUCGAUACUCGACUGGAAUUUCUGGACUGUCAUCAUCGCCAUCAUCGGUGACAUUAACCCGUUAUAAUCAGAGACGAUCGAGUCUGGACUAUAAUGAACCAGACAUACCCUCAAAGAUAUGCACACCAGUAGCCGGUCUAACUAAUUUAGGUAACACAUGUUAUAUGAAUUCAGUACUACAAGCCCUGUACGCUACCCGACAGCUCAGGGAGUAUAUUACUAAUGGCUGCGAGUCCUCGGGAGGCGUACUGUUUUCUGGUUUAUGUCGACUAUUCAAAGAUAUGGCCGCUAAUGUCCGCACCGGUUACGUGAAUCCUUCAUCAUUUAGGUCAACAUUUAUUCAAUACCAACCAAAGUUUAGAGGAUAUGAUCAACACGACGCUCAAGAGUUUCUAAGAUAUCUAAUCAAUGGUUUGCACGACGAAGUAAAUAAGGCUAAGAAAAGACCAAAGACUAAACUUAUUGAACCAAAUACAUCUCAAGAAGCUUGGAAUCAAUACAAAGGAGUUAUCGACGAUUCCAGACUUAUUGAUCUAUUUGUCGGUCAAUUUUCAUCGGUUAUCAAAUGUACGGAAUGUCAUAAUACUAGCAGCUGUUGGGAUCCGUUUUGGGAUCUGUCGCUACCACUGCCAAGAAAUAGAAGUCGUUGUGAUAUCGAGCGAUGUGUUGAAGAAUUUACUGCUCAAGAAGUGCUCGACGACGACGAACAGCCGUUUUGUUCGCGUUGUAAAAGACAUCGGAGGUCUACAAAGAGAUUAACUAUUCAACGAUCGCCACAAAUAUUGAUAUUUCAUUUAAAAAAAUUUGCAAACGACGGCUUCAAGCUCUCCAGUCAAGACAUUAGCGUCAAUGAGAGCAUUACUAUAGACGGCCGGACAUACCGUUUGUAUGCCUGUGUCUGCCAUCACGGAUACUCAUCGCGCAGUGGCCACUACACUGCUUAUUGUCAAUACGAUAAAAAGUGGUAUCAUUUUAACGAUGAAAGAGUUAAGGACGUGUCGGACACAUUCAACGCCUCCCGACUCAGCGAUGCUUAUGUACUCUUCUAUCAGCAAAACAAUGAUUCAAAUAACUAUUCCUCAAGACUUUAAAUUUAUUUAAAAAAAAACAAAUAAAAUACAAGAUACACAUAAACGCACUCACGUGCGAUAUAUCACACAAUUAUAAUACACAUAUACACACAAAUUUUAUUUAUAAUAACACUUUACAAACAUUAUUAAAAAAAAUAGUUUUAAUAGACACGUACGAUACAAGUAUCAGUCAAAAAACACUAAAAUUUAG